GAACACUCCAGCAGACCGACGAUUCCGUGCAGAUUACGAUUAACGUCAGCGACUAUAAAGCGGAAGAGCUGAAGGUGUCGGUUGUCGGCGACUUUAUCGUCAUCGAGGCCAAGCACGGCGAGCGCACCGACGAGCUUGGAAGUAUUGAAAGACAGUUCACACCCGCUUGGCUCGCCCUGGUCGCCUUUGCUGCUUCCGUAGUUUGUCGAUGGUUCGUCUCCACCCGUAAAGGGCUGCUUCUGCUUCAUUGGCUAGUCGCCAAUCUUUUAGACGCCACGUGGGUUUUCCGUGCCAUCGAGACAACACCAGCCGUCUCGUUGCUCGUCCCGCUCGCCACAAUUGCCCUCAUUUUCGAGAUCGCGACGACGGCCGGCAAGAAAGAGGUAUGGUGCAUCGGCUCGGAGCGUGUUCUGUUUCUCGUCCUCUUGUUUUCCGUCGACAUGUCUGUAAUUUUGUGUGCGGGAGCCGCCAUUUUUGAGGUGUUGCUGGCCAUCUUUGUCGUGCUCACCUAUCUGGGAAUCUAUUUAUGUCUGAAACGAGUGGCGACACCCCAUAAGAUGACCAUGAAGGAGCGCUACCAGCUGCACUCAUCCGACCUUUUCUACGCCUGGGAAGACCCGAUGCGAUGUCUGGGUCUAUAUGGCCGUUCUCACUUCUUUCUGAUCCUUGUCACCUUAUUCCUCCAGAUCAACAGCUACCUAUCAUCAUCGGACUUCUUCCUCGACCAGCUCCAUCGCGUUGGUCCCGACCUGCCACUUCACUAUCGGAAGAUUGUAACCGUCGCCACACCUCUACUAUUCUGGAUGUUCUACAUAGGCCGUACGUUUUGCUGCUUUUCGAUGCUCGGCAUGCCCGUACUUAUUGGAGGUCAGAUCCACGCCCUGAAGACGUUCGGCCAAUGGCUCUCCCAGCGAAAAGCUCGACGGACCGCAAAACGAUUGGAAGAUGGGGGCGACGAUCUUCUCGCAAACGUUUCCGCA